CAUAUUUCUUAGGACUCUGUUCAACAGUUUUCUUUUCCAAAUUUUUCUUCCCGUUAACGAUUUUUUCUAUUUUGGCACUUGGUGACUUCCCAGGAAGAAAAUUUAGUAACGAUGUCGACGAGGAGAUCAUCAAGGAUAAGUUUAAGCUUGAAGUCAAGAAAUUCGCCUGAAAAAGACUCCUGCCAACUUAAUGUAAAAUUUAUAAGCGAUGAUAAUGUUAAGCAGAUUAUCCACAUAGAAGACAUCAGAUCAGGGGCUGCACAGCCUCUGGAAUCUGGCCUUAACACCCCGAAAUCAAAUAGAAAACCCAUAAAGAGAAGACUUACUGCUAUAAAUAUAAACACAAUUGAAGAAGAAUCAAAUUCCGAAGAUUUUGUGAUUGGUACAGACGAGAAAUGUGAAAAACCAAGAGAUAUUUGUUAUGAAGAUGAUAUCGAAGGAGGUGAAAUGUGCUCUUUCCGAACGCCAAGAAAGAGGAAAGCAAUGUUACAAAAGGCGAAGGAAUCAGUCAGCAAGGACAGUUCUGGAACUCCCACAGCAAAGAAAACUCCAAUUAAAGUCGCAACUCCAAAACGAGGCCGGCCUCGAAACUCUUCUAAAGUUAUUCAGACUCCUUCAAAACAGACUCCAAAAAAACAAAAUGCUACCCCAAGUAGGAAUGUUGUUCAGAGCUGCAUUUCUAUUCCAAAAACACCGUAUAACACUCGAGCAAAAACUAUAAAGGCAAUCAAGGUGCACACAAGACAGAUGGAGUGUGAUGACAGUGAUGCAGGUGAAGAUGAGGACAGUGAUUUUGAAGGCAGUGGAAGUGAGUCUAGUGAGUCGGAGGAAGCUGUUGAUGAGUCUGACAGUGACUCAGGCAAAGGUAGCGAAGGUCCGAGCCAAUCGUGUCGACGCUCUCUACGCUUUCAGCCGUCUGCCACUCCAACAGCCAAAAGGCGAGGGAAGGACAUCAACUAUAUAUUCACGGCUGAUGAAUACUUUGAGUCUAAGUCGACCAAAAGUAAGACGUCAGACCAUGUGCUCAGCAAGCUGCGCACUCCACGGCUGGAUGCAUCUGAAAUGCUUCGGUUGCUCAAGGACAGUUCUAUGACUCCGGCGCACUGCUCUGUCCUCGCGCGGCGCCGGGAGGACGACAUGGCCAUGUAUGAGAGGUGGAUGAUCGCUCUUAGCCAAGGUUUUAGCAUACUCGCUUACGGUCUAGGCUCAAAAUACAAGAUUCUUCAGAAGUUUCACUGCAAAAUGCUGCCUGACAGUCAUGUUCUAGUCGUCAACGGGUUCUUUCCAAGUCUUAGCAUUAAAGAGAUUGUGGACACCAUAGCCACUGAUCUGCUGGGGCUGAAACACUCGCUGCCGUCGCCUCACGCUGUGAUUGAGUGGAUCGAGAGCCGUCACUGGACCCCGCGAGUGUUUCUAGUCAUCCACAACAUUGACGCUGAGCCGCUACGUUGUGACAAGACACAACAACUGCUCGCUCACCUUGCUAGUUUACCCAGGGUGCAUCUCAUAGCCAGCAUCGACCACAUCAACUGUCCACUGUUAUGGGACCAAGCGAAGUUGAGCGCUUUCAACUUUGUGUGGGAGGAUACAACGUCGUUCCUUCCUUACCAGGAGGAGACUUCUUACGAGACGUCUCUGAUGGUUCACAACUCCGGCUCUCUCGCUCUCUCCUCUCUACUGAAUGUAUAUCGCUCGCUCACUCACAACUCUCGUGGUGUGUUCCGCAUCAUACUUCAGAAACAUCUGGACGAGAACAACGCUAAAUAUAAUGGUAUGGCAUUCAGUGAGCUGUACGGCCGGUGCCGGGAGGAGAUGUUGGUGACUAGUGACCUGGCACUUCGGACAAUGUUGACAGAGUUUCUGGACCAUCAGAUGGUGAAGUGGCGCAAGGACGGUGAACACUUGUACAUUCCCACAGAUAUCGGCGUGCUGCGCCAGUUCAACAACUUGACACAGAAUGAUUAGAAGAGACUAUCAAAGGUUUUAUUGGAGCUAUACCUCUAGAAACGUGUUAAAAAUUGCUCUUCAAAUGCUCAAGACGUCUUCUAAAUGUAGCAAAAAUUCUAAAAGAGUUCCAGAAUGUUGAAUUUUUGUCUUUACGCUUUUUAUUGAAUGUCGCCUCAAAGAUCAGAAUAGUCUGAAGGUUUAAUUGAUAUUAGAGGUAUAGAUUAAACAUACUGUACUCUCUUGGAGGUCAUCUUUAUGAAUCAGCUGAAGACACUUACUAUGUUAGUUCUGUCUGGUUCAUGUGGAGAUAGUGUUUUUGUUUGCUAUUAUUUGUUUCUUGUCAUUUUAUUUAUUUUAAAACUGGUUUAACCGAAUCCGAUCUAAUUAUAAACAAUAUCUCAUCCUCUGGACUUAUGCCCAAACAAUAAAAAAAAAUCAUGAAGUUGACUCUAAAAUAAGAGAAAAACAUUUUGUGAAGACUAGUGUUCAACUUCAUCAACAUAAAUCAAGCUUCAGAAUUUAUAAUUGGAUGAAAAGUCUAUUUGUGAGUGAUUCAUAUUAUUACAGCAUAUUAUUCAUAGCAUGAUAGCAAGGAUUAACAGUUUUUUUAAUUGACAUGAUACGUCAUAAAGAUCACUCAGGAUAAAGCUGCAUUUUUUAUAAAAUUCAUGCAGGAUAAAACAGGAUUUUUCAGUACAUAAAGAUAAAAGAAGGAUAAAAAAGGAUUUCCUCAGCUCGGUAAGAGGUUUUUGUUUUCCUUAAGUGGAAACACUGUGGAGGAAUAGUUUUAUUUCAAGCUACAAUUCUCUGUGAUCGUGCCAAUAUUGUAUAGCAUAAAUACUAUCACAGCUGAGCUCAAUUAUUAUCUGACUUAGCGAGUACUCAAUCUAGGCUUAAAAUAACAUUAAAAUAGGAUUAAGUAAAUCAAACUUAUUAUAUUCCCUAUUUUUUCCAGCUUUUUAAAUCCAGGAAAAGCCGAUCAAAAGGAAUUAAAAUGUGAUAAAAAUAUUUUAUGUUUUCGGUUAGUUAAUAAUUUAGAAGUUAAAAUGAAAGGGAGUCACAAUAAAAAUUAAGUUGAGGGACAUUACUAAAAGCUGAGGAUCAAAAAAAUGUCUAGAGUCUAUUAAUAGUCAAAGGCAUUUCUAUAACUAAAAGUAUGUUACUACUAACUACACAUUUUCCAAUUUUAUUUGAGAAACAGUUGUGUUUAUUUCAGAACAUAUCAAUUUUUUUUUAGAUUAGUAAACAUAUUUUGGAAAACAUCAAAUAAAUGAAGUUGAGAACAUUCAGCUGUAUUUGAGAAGGCAUCAAAUUAAUUUAAGAGCAGUAAAUUAUAUUUAUGUAUAGCCAACUUCUCCAGUUAAAACUUAAAAGCCCUCAUUCUGAAAUGAAAUUAACAAUUAAUUUCUCAACUCCGUAUAAUACUUUCUCAAAUACAAUUGACUAUUCUCAAAUACAUUUGUCGUUUAUGGAAUUCAACUGACUAAUGAAAUUUACAUUUGAUAUUUUCUCAAAUACAAGUAAUGAUAAUCAAAUACAAUUACUAACUUCUCAAAUAAAUGUGGAAAAGGUGUAGAGAUACGGACUAGUUAUACCACUUAACAAUGUGAUACCUAAGCCUUCUCAUUUUGUGUUUUCAUUUUCAGUUACACAUUUAUGUUAAAUUAUUAAAGGGACCUGAGUUUAGCUCAUGUUCAAAACUUAAAUGAAUAUCUUGAGGAUGAUUCAAUAAAGUGUUAUUGUUUAAUAGUCAGUAGAUGUAGUUUGAAACAAGGAUGACCAAUAAGGUAGCUACGUAACAGUUGGUUUACUGAAUUGAUAGCUGUGAUACAAACGUUUUCCCAUGUUUGUGUUUUGAGUGUGUAUUGAGUAUGUCAAGGUUAUUUUUUAUACAAGUAAUGCAUUCCUUGAAACAAAUAAUAAUUCUUGAUAUGUCAGUGCCUUUACUGUGUGAAUAAAAUAAUUAAUUACCUAUUAGUCUUUGCUUUAAGUUUACAAGUUAAAUGUUUGAAGUCUUAAUUUAUUACUCAUUAAUUUAUUUUUGUAAAUACAGUAACUGAAUUUAUUUCAAGUAGUUUUAGGUUAAUUUAUUUAUUUUCCAUUGAGUUGUAUUUGUGUGAUUUGUUGACGGUGUGUUUACUAUAUACCAAAUAGUUAUAAGAAUGUUGAACUGAUAUGCAAAGCAAUUUAUUUGUAACUAAAAUAAAUAUUUUAAAAAUA